AUGUGUCCCCCGGUCAGUGUGCGGCUCGGGGAAAAGGGCAUAUCCUACCUCUACGCCUCCUGGAUGUAUCGGCGUCAACAUGGAGACCAGCUCGGCGUUUGCUUCACUUGCUUCAAGAGUGCCUUUGAGGACCUAAAAGAGAUGCUGGAGUCAGAGAUCUUGGAAGAAGUCAACUGGGACCCUGAGCUGAUGGAGCACACUGAGGCAGAGUCUGAGCAGGAGGGGUCCCCAGAGAUGGAGCUGGGCUGGGGGCAGAGCCCAGGGCAGCCUAUGCAGGUGGGCUCUGAGGCAUGGGAGCCGGAGACCCUGGCAUCAGCCCCAGAAGGGAUGGAAGAUGAUGCGGGCCUGGAAGAUGACGAAGACCUCGAAUUUGUGCCCACUGAACUAGGGCCUCAGGACGCUGAGCCCCUGGGCCUGGGUCUUGAGGAUGCCGACUGGACCCAGGGUCUUCCCUGGAGAUUGGAUCUGCCUCGUAUCUGCUGCUCACACUGGCGAAGCUGCUUUUCUUCGUGGCAGGAGUCUUUGAAAGUGGACCUGCCCCCAGGGGAGCCCAUGGUGUUGGAGCUGGGCACUAGCUAG